AUGCGCGAAGUUCGAGACGGCAUCAGCGAGACGCAGUUGCGUGAGCUGAGGAACAAGAAACGUGACUUCGAGAAGACGUACGGCGAGUUCGAGCCGCACUUCUUUCAGACGAUCCUGGAGGAGCAGAAGUUGGGUCCCCAAUCGACCUUCGUUGACCUGGGCUGUGGUAUUGGCAAUCUGCUUGUGCAGGCGGCCAUCCAGAGCGGGUGCAGCGCCUUCGGCAUCGAGCUGCGAGACGAGCUCAUGGGCACGGCUGAAAGCCUCAAAGAUAGGGCCCUGGCCGUCUGUGAACUGCACGGCAUCAGCAUGGGAAGCGUCACCAUGGCAUGGGGAGACAUGGUCAAGACUCCGGCGGUCAAGGAGUGGAUGAAAAAGGCCGACCUCGUUGUUGUGAAUAACCUGAAGUUCUCAGCGACGUUGAACCUGCAGAUCUUGGACUCAUUCCUUCCGCUCAUGAAGCAUGGUGCAUGCGUCAUAGCUACUGACCUGUUCAUCAGCGGCAAGCAGACGCGACACGGGCAGUACAAGGUUUACCCUGAUCAGAGGACGCUGGAGGUGACAGAGCGGAAAUACCCCGAGCGGUCCAUGUCGUGGACUAACUCUUCAGCCCCAUACUACAUCCAUCGCGUGCAUGACCCAGCAAUUGCCCGACGUCGGCAGGAACAACUGGGGAAGGUCUAUACCGGGUCCGACCUUGGGAGCCACGCAGCAUAG